UUCUAGUCCGUGAGAUAACUCAAUAUCAACACAGGUCUAUCUCAUUGUUUGUUAUUACCUUCCAACAUUGCAAACCAAGAGGUCCUGGGACAAGCCCAUUGGUAACAUUUGUAUCGAAGAAGAAAUACUAGUGACUGAAUGAUCAUGACUUGUGUGAAGAAAUUUAUCCCGUUAAUUUUAGUUGUAUCCUCAGCUUUUUCUGUUUGUCACGGGAAAGUGACCGCCCAGAACAUGUCAGUGGGGGACAAGGCAAGAUGGGUCGGUAACUUUGUAGGAAUUGAUCAGCCGUCAAUUGGUGCCUCUAUGUAUGAUGCCGGGGCCCAUCUUGUGUCCAAAGUCGGAGCUCAGGCGGCGGGAAUUAUUCUGGGAGGAAUGCUGCAGGGUACUAAGGACCCCACGGCAGGCCGGGUUGCAGACGUUGUCCUCGAUCAUCUUUCGGAUGCUUACAACAAAUCUGGAGUGGGCAAGUGGAACAGGACCAUGCUGCGUGACCACCAGAGUCAGUUAGGGGGACUGAUUCUCAGCAAAAUGGACUUUGUGGGGACGAUACAUGAUAUCACCAGACUUGGCGGUGCCCGCAUGCUGAUGCCUCUGACCAAGGAUUCCAAAAUGAACAAAGAUUGUUAUGAAGAUGCCAUGGACGUCCUGGAUGCCGUCAACGAGAUGCAGAGAAGCGAUCUGGCGUGGGCAAGAGUCAUGUUUGACGCCACAGGCAAGAUACCCUCCGGAGUGCUAAGAGGACACACUACCUCGUUAGGAUCCUACGACUCUUGUCUAGCAAUCCACGGCAGGAUUCCCAGAAACAUUGUCAUCGGCGCUCUAAACAAAACCGCGUCCCGUUACCCUCGGGAAUUUGAUACAAAAUAUUGCCGAGCUACAAUGGCCCUGGAUCCCUCUGUGCUAGGGGGACUUGACACCCAUGGCAUUCACCCACUGCUUACAUUAGGUAUGUGUCUACCAGAUUCGUGCAAAGCAGAGGACGUAGAUGGGAUUCUGAAGUUGGGUUUCCUUGGUCGAAUCAUGGGAUCGAGUGCGGAUUCAAUAGACGUUUAUUGUCCCGAGGAACGUUCUAUUGGAGACGACACACCGGCGCUUGCUGCAGUCAUAAUUCUGUCCUUCUUUGGAUUUUUGGUUCUUUGUGGAACCGUUUACGAAUUCCGUCAAGAAAGCAAAAAAUCUGCGCAACUGAAGCCGAAAUCAGAGAGUAAACAUUAUGAUGUUAUAGGUAAAAAAAGUCAGUCCGAGAACGAAUACACGUCAUUUAACAAAGCGUACGUCCAUGACGAACCGAAGACGAACGGUGAUAUCUCACCGCAAAACGGUGAUAUCUCAAAUCAAAACGGUGAUAUCUCAAAGCAAAACGGAGGAGGAGUGAUACAAAAUGGAAACACCAAUGUAGAACUUCCGGCUGGGUACAUGCACCACAAAGAAGACAACCAAUUCAACCCCUCCGCGAUUCCGAACGGAAAUAACGCGGAGACGGAUACAAAUAAGUCCUUCACUGUCAACAUCAAACCGCACCUUAAUACAGAGGCAACGCCCCAUAAAACGAGGGACAGCACACUCGGAGCUAUCUUGAAGAGCUUUUCGAUCAUCACCAAUGCCCCCAAACUUUUGUCCGGUAAAAGUGGUCCGGGUGCCAUCACAUGCCUCCACGGAAUCCGUUUUUUUAGCAUUACGUGGAUUAUCUUGGGACAUACGUAUAACUACGGCCUGGUGACAAAUCCAGGUGUCAUGACAACAAUAAACUUUGUGGAUGCCGUUCCUAUGACACAGCGCUUUACCUAUCAGGCGGUGGUAGGGGCAGGCUAUGCUGUUGAUACAUUCUACAUGAUCAGUGGAAUGCUCCUGGCUUUUAUUCAGCUUAAACAGAUGGCAAAAUUAAAGAAAGAUCCCGAGCCAGGGAAGAUCGGAUAUUACGUCUUUUACUACUACUUCCACAGGUUUUGGAGGCUAACUCCCAUGUAUAUGAUCAUACUGAUGAUAUACACUUGUCUGACCACAUAUCUGGGUGAUGGUCCAAUGUGGCCAAAACAGAUAGAAUCUGCACAAAACUGCAGAGAGAGCUGGUGGACGAAUCUGUUAUACGUCAACAACCUGGUGCUGGUUAACAAACAGUGUAUGGCUUGGUCGUGGUUCCUUGCAAAUGACAUGCAGUUUUACGUCGUCUCCAUUGUGCUUCUCUUUUUCCUCACCGUUAACAUCAAACUGGGCUCCUGUUUUGUUUUCCUUCUGAUGACCGCUGGAAUCGUUUCUGCUGGGGUCAAAGAGCACACGUACAACGGAAGCUUCUUCACGAUGAAGUCAGACGGUGGUGCCUUCUGGAACAACGUCUACAUAACGCCGUGGUGUCGAGUGGCCGCUUUCUGUGUGGGUCUGUUCCUCGGCAUCAUUUUCUACAAAAAGCCAAAAGCUUACUUAUCAAGGGUGAAGACUUUCAUUGGGUGGAGUAUGGCUAUCUCAAUCGGAUUUACUCUCGUGUAUUGUACAUACAGUGAAAAUAAAGAAAAUGGCGAGACGUGGUCACGAGAAUUCCGUGCUGUGUACGAGUCCGUUGGUAGGCCGUUGUGGGCCGCUUGUGUAGCCUGGGUUAUAGCAGCUUGUCAUUAUGGACGAGGGGGUGUCGUAAAUUCAAUCUUGUCGUGGAGUGGAUUGGUGCCCCUGUCCAGGAUGUCGUAUGCGGCCUACCUUGUACAUCCAAUGAUGAUGAUGAUCUACGUGUUCUCCAAGAGAAAUCUUGUGUAUCUUGCAGAUUUUGAUGUUAUUUAUCUGUUCCUUGGGCAUACGGUGAUGACGUUUAUGACAUCUUUUGUGGCAUCACUUGCCUUUGAGGCUCCGUUUAUGGCCUUGGAAAAGAUAAUUGUUGGUGGAAGGAAGUGAAAAUAAGGACAUAAACAAGGGCCGAUUUCAUCUCCGGAUUCUCGUCUGCUUGUGUGUAGCUAUGUUGGUUUAUAGAUGAUAUCUUUGUACAUACCGAGAGCCAUACACCAGAACACUGUUGAACCAACUAUUUAUCAACUGGACUCCGCCAUUUCUCCACGCUAUGAUAUUUCUAAUAGACUGUUUAACGAACAGAGCCUGUGAUAAAUUAUAUAAAGACUUCCAAUAUAAACUAUCAAGGGUACUUUUUUGCAGUUCGUGAUAUCUGCUAUUUGAUGUAAAAUUUAGAUUAGACCAAGAUUAAGUAAUAGGAAACUUGAAUUACAUGCACUUUCGAAUUCAUUUACUAGUGCCUUUUGUUGAUUUUUUCUGGGUUAAAGUAGCAAGUAGCAUGUAUCAUAUGUUAAUUUGAACAUGUCAAGUUAAGCUCAGAAUACCAACUUUUACAUGUAUUAAUUCCUUGAACUUACAAAUAACAUUUUUCAUCGCUGUAAUGUUUGUUUAAUUGAUAUAGAGGUUGCUCAUUUCCUUUUGUGCAAAUGACCUCGAAGGCAUAAUUUGAAAUAAAAAAUAACACAAAUUACACAUUCUGUGUAACUGAUACCCAUGUUUCUUCACUAUGGAGCUUUACCUCAUAUCUUCACCAGAAACUUAGGACAUGAAGGAAAAUGUUUAAUACGUUUUAUAACUUUUUGAAAAUCGUAACUGUAGAUAAUUACAUGUAUAUGUAUGUCUGCCCACACAUGUGAAUCGUUUAAGUACUGAAAGAUUUUCAAAUGAAGGUUCGAUACUUCUAUAUCAUUGCUUUUUUACGUAGUAUACGGAUACUAUAUUUCUGAUUUAUCUGUGAUAUUUUCUUUCAAUAAACCUUGCAUUUAGCUUUG